AUGUUUUUAAAAUAGCCUUCUCGUUUUUAAUUUUUGAAUGAAGAAGAGAUGCGCUUUUCAUUUUUUACUUCCAAAUUCAUCCUUUAAACAAAAUAUGCUCUAGGUAUCACUAAUAAAAGAUUAAAUUCUUUUAUCUUUAAAAAAUAGUUGAAUUUAAAAUCUACUUUUUUUCUAUCUCAUAGAAUUAUCCAUCUAUCUAAUUACUUUUAAAAUGCAUGA